UAAAAUCCAGACACAAUGUUCCGGAUUUUUUUAUAAAAUUAGGCCAAAAAUUUUCAAGAAACGGGAGUUGCUCCCAAGACCGGAUCCUGGACCUCCGCCGUGGGCGGCGGCACGAAGCCCUUGUCGAGGAAAUGCGAGCUCGGGGACGACUCUCCCUUGGCGCGGGGGGCGGUGGCGACCGGCCGUCGACGAAGCAUCAGAGAAGAGCGCUUCGAUAGUAAGGAUCGUUGGAGGCGGCGAAGCAGAUCGGAGCGGUCGACGGAUGCGGCAGGGGGAGGGGUUGUCGGAUUCCAGGAAGGGGUAGGAGGAGGAGGAGGAGGAGGAGGAGUUCUCCGAGGAGGCUAGGGUUAGGUUUGGUGAAGAACAAAGGUUUUGAAAGAGAACACGGAGGGAUCGAUGGGCCCCAAGAAUGGUGCGAUCGACAGCAAAAGCGUAACAGAAGGGGGAACUCUCGCGUAGGGACUCCUACUUACACGUGUCUGUCAGCCAGAUCCCGGCGCAGAGUAGCGCCGGCGUUCUUCCUUCCCCUCGCUUGGGCCGCCGGUGGUUCCUAAUUGCCCAUCUUAUAACGACCGAACCGCCUCUCUCCUCCGUGUCCUGAUCUCCGGUGGCCCCCACUUCUCCACCCAGGGGACCACGCUCUCGUAUGCAAACAGCGGGGGUUAGGGGUCAGGCGGCGGCAAUGGUGAGGGGGAGGGUGGAGCUCCGGCGGAUUGAGGACAAGACGAGCCGCCAGGUGAGUUUCUCCAAGCGGCGGAGCGGUCUACUCAAGAAGGCGAACGAGCUCGCCGUCCUCUGCGACGCCGAGGUCGGCCUCCUCGUCUUCUCCUCCAAGGGCAAGCUCUACGAGUUCGCCAGCACCUCCAGCAUGGAAAAAAUUAUUGAGCGCUAUCGCCAAUUUUCAGAUGCAGAAAGAGGUGUAAAUAGAGGCAACCUUGGUGUUCAGGAUCUUGUCAAAGGCUUUGCUUGUCCAAGAACCAAAUAUGAGCUGUUGCAGAUUGCUCAAAGGUCUCUUGAUGUAUCAAAUAUUGCCCAGCUGAGUUUGGAUGAGCUUAGUCACAUCGAAAAAGAGUUAGAUUGUGCACUAAAGCAAACAAUGUCAAAAAAGACCCAAUUGAUGAUGGAUACAAUUGCCAGGCUCCGUGAGAAGGGAAAGGCCUUGCUCGAGGAGAGAAGGUUUCUGGUAUCGGCGGGGGCCAUGGAGAAGGGAACGGAAAGCCAAAACCAACGCUAUGGUGACAAUUAUAGCAGCACCAGCAGCAGCGGUGCGCGCAAUUGGGCGGGUACCGAGGCGGCACGCGGCGCCUGUCCUUCCACUCCGCAUGGACUCGGGACGCGGCGACCGCAGAUGCACGCUCUCCGGGAUUUUUUGCGCGAGUGAUGUGGCUGCGGGUUGGCAAGCGACAAAUCUUUACUCCACACAGUCCCUAUAUGACAUGACUGUAGUUACGUGCAGAAGCAACCACGAGGAGCUUGGUAUAAGAUAUAACUCUUCCUUCCGAGUAUGUAAUGUAUAGUAAACUCGCUGUUUAAAUCUCCGAUUAAGAUUAAAAAAUCCGGUCCAGAACGCAGCUAUCUAAUUCAGUAGCUUGAGUUGUAAUGUAUGGUAUGCUCACUGUUUGGUUGGAUUGUUUAUAGACGACCAACUCCGGAUCAAAUAGUCCGAUCCAAAACUAGGUGCUCUAUUAAGUUGGCCAAAGUUUUCGAGUGGAUGGGCGAUCUGGCUUUAGAGAAUUGCUUUUUAUUUAAAUCUUUUUUGUCUUAAACAUGUAUUGUUAUUAGUUGAUAUUCUCUUCAUAUUUAUAUUGACUUUAUGUUUU